AUGGCUGAUAUACCUGCUUUAUUGGCUGCGCUCGACGUAUUUACUCGUACUCCGGACAAGGCAUCGCUCGACAAAGCGAACAAUUGGCUGCAAGAUUUUCAACACUCUCCUGAGGCUUGGUCGACCUGCAAUGUCCUCCUCCUCUCCCCGGAUGCGCCACUCGCAGCCAAAAUAUUUGCAGCUCAGACAUUUCGUGCCAAAGUUACCUACGACCUCAGUCAGGUAGAUCCAGUAAAUCUACCUGCCCUCAAAGAUACGCUUCUCGCUGCGUUAGAAACGUACAAAUCGGGUCCACGUAACAUUGUUGUACAAAUAUGUUUGGCGUUGGCGGGUUUGGCGAUGCAAUUUCCUUCCUGGAAUAACGCAGUGGAAACCAUGAUUAACAAGUUUGGAUCCAAUCCGAGUACGGUCCCUACUCUACUCCAAUUCUUAACGUUACUUCCUGAAGAGUUGCACACAAACCAUAGAGUGCCCAUCACCGACGACGAAUGGCAUGAUAGGCUGUCUGUUCUCGUCACCGGUAAUGUGAAAAAAGUGCUCGAUCUGUUGACUGUGUACAUCCAGGCAUCUGGUGUCACUUCGGAUAUCCAGAGCCAGAUCUUCGCUUGUCUGCGUAGCUGGAUAGUGUCGGGAGAAGUGAACCUUUCCGACUUGGCGUCGUCUCCUUUGCUUGGAUUUGCGUUCGAAGCUAUAUCAUCCGACCAACUGUUCGAUUCGGCAGUUGAACUGAUAUGUGAUAUAAUUCAUGAAACCCAAGAGAUAGACGAUAACAUGCCUCUGAUCGAACUCAUAGUUCCCCGAGUCAUUGCACUGAAGCCAUUGCUCACGAAGGACCAUGAAAAUCCUGACAGGAUGCGAGGCUAUGCUCGGAUUUUUGCAGAAUCUGGGGAGACCUAUCGGAUGCUCAUUGUCCGCCAUACUGAAACCUUUUAUCCUAUCGUUGAAGCUCUUGCAGAGUGUACCGCUUAUUCAGACCUCGAUAUAGUGCCCAUCACCUUCCAAUUUUGGUCUCGUCUUGCGCAGGUUAUUGGGAAAAAGUCUUCUGUGCCCCCUCUUUUCGCACAGGCUUAUCGAUCCGUCAUGACCGUUAUAAUUAAACAUCUUCAGUUUCCCCCGGACGAUAUGCCUUUGUCUGGUCAAGAAGCGGAAGACUUCAGAGCCUUCCGUCACGUCAUGGGCGACACCUUGAAAGACUGUUGCGAUGUGCUGGAGGCGGAGCCGUGCUUGCUCGCCACAUACGAGAUGAUUUCGUCUGCUCUGUCCCGUAAUCAAGGAACUCUUUCAUGGCAGGAAAUUGAGGCUCCUUUGUUCGCAUUGCGCUCCAUGGGUGCAGUUGUUGACCCUAAAGACGACAAUGCGGUCCCAAAGAUCCUUCAACUUAUCCCCCAACUUCCUCUCCACCCCAGAGUCCGUUACGCGGCCCUAUUGAUCAUAUCCCGCUACACGGAAUGGAUCAACAUUCAUCCGAACUUUAUACAACCACAGUUGCAAUAUAUCUCGGCUGGGUUUGAGGUCGCGGACUUAGAUGUAUGUGCCGCUGCAGGUCAGGCGCUCAAGUAUCUAUGCCAAGACUGUAAGCAGCACUUGGUCGAGGUUUUACCCACUCUCCGCAACUUCCUUCAUGCCGUUGCGUCGAACCUUCUCCAAGAUGACAGACGCAAAAUAUACGAGGCAAUUGCCCACGUGAUUUCCGCAAUGCCUAUGGAAAAGGCAGCUGAAUCCCUAAAGACAUUCUCUUUGGAUAUUUUGGCUAUCAUUCAUGCCGUCGCAAACAAGAACAGUCAAGUUACGAAGCAAGAACUGCAGGCUGCUUCUGAUGGGCUCGAGAAUCUUGAGGCCAUGCUGUAUGUGAUCGGCAGUUUUGGAGAAGAACUUCCGAGUGCCUGCCAGGACACUUGUCGAGAAGCUUGGUCCAUCUUCCAAGUCUUCCUAUCGAAGUAUGGCUCGGAUCCUGAACUUGCUGAACGAACCAGUAGAGUUUUGAGAUAUGGUUUGAGCUUCUUCGACCGUGCCGUCUUAACCAUAGCACCGGAGGUUGUAUCAAGCAUGUCUAUGGGCUUUGAGGCUACAGGCAUCGCUAGCUACCUUUGGAUCGGCGCCAAACUCGUUUCACGCUUCGGCGAUGAGGAGGACCAAAAUCUACAUACUGCUUUUGCAGAGCUUUUCCGUCGCAGUACCAAUAAGAUGAUGAGCCUAUUGCAUACUCAAUCUGCAGGAACUUUGUCUGAUGUUUUAGAUGACUACGUGCAAUUGUCUAUGCAGGUACUUCAUCAAACACCGGACAUCUAUUUCGACCCUUUGUUAUUCCCUUUGGCCUUCCAGGCAAAUUGUGCAGCUCUGACGAUAGUUCAAUCCGAUGUUGUCUGCUCCGCUUUGGACACCUUCCAAGCAAUCUUCAAUCACCAGUGUCUAGACCCGUCGACGCCAAACCCACCAAACUUCAUCGCCUAUGCCAAUACAAUUCAUAAUGUGUUGGAGAGCCAAGGAGCAAACUUCAUUGGCUUUCUGCUAAUGGGUUUAAUUGGUGAUUUUCCACCUGAGACUGACUCGUUGGUCAUCUCUAUCUUCCGCAUUGUUGCCACCACUUGGCCCAGUCAAAUGCUGGUAUGGCUUCCGGAUGUCCUACAACGAAUGCCCUCUACAACUGUACCCGUUCAAGUGAAACAAAAAUUCAUUGCGGAUGUCACUGUGUAUAUACUAUGCACUGACCGCAACUGUAGGGCAAUCACCGACCGAAGGUUCGAUCAGGUCAGGUAUACUGUGAUUAAUUUUCAUCGGGAAUCGCGCAGAGCGCGAGACAGACGUCGAACGGCCGCUUUGGAAAAAUGA